UUUACUUUGAAUUUUUCUCUAGAGUUAGUUAGCCGUCGUUUUGCUUGCCUCUAAUGAUCCGCCGCCUCAUUCAUGGUCGGCGCUUCUGCACCACCGUGCCAAGAAGAGCUGAGGACAUAUUAUCAAACCCAGAUUGCCGUCCUACGGAUCUAUGCUUGAGAGUCUCGUACUUGGUCAACUCUGUUGGCGACUUAGACACGGCGGCCAAGUACGCCCGUUUGGCUGUCUUCACAAGAAUCAACUCGGAGUACACAGCAACAACAUGUAAACACAUCAUCGGAGGCAUGUUGCGGGAUAAAAGGCACAAGGACGCUUACGAUCUCUACGAUUUCUUCUUCAACAAGCAUAAGCUCAAACCCAACAGCCAUUGCUGCAACCACAUCAUCGAGUCCCGUUUCCAACAAGGUCUUGUUGAGGAAGCUCUUGAUUUCCACCGAUCCAUCAAGUCCAGUGUGGUCCACGACUACCCAAGCCACGAUACGUUCAGGGUAUUGACCAAAGGUUUAGUCCACUACGGUCGGCUGGACCAAGCCGAAGCCUUGCUUAAGGCCAAGACAGUCACAACCUACCCAGAUCACGUGGCGUACAACAAUCUGAUUCGCGGGUUUUUGGAUCUUGGGAAUUUAGACAAGGCGAAUCUAGUCUUGGACGAAUUCAAACGCUUGUUUUCUUCUGGUAUUGCUAGUUGCAAGUCUACGUAUGAUUUUCUCUGUUCAGAGUAUCCUGGAUAUGAAAACAGAGUGGCAUUCCUGAUGGCCACAUUCAUGGAAUACUGGUUUAAGCAAGGUAAACAGGUGGAAGCUAUGGAGUGCUACCACCAGUCUAUACUAGUAGCAAACAAGUUACCGGUUUGCCCAGAAACUGGCAACGCCCUUUUGAAAGUCCUCCUCAAAUACGGUGAGAAAAAACAUGCUUGGGCUUUGUACCAUGAAAUAUUAGAUCAAAGUGGAACCGAUAACAGACGCUUGGGCUCUGAUACGGUUGAGAUAAUGGUGGAAGAGUGUUUUGAUAUGGGUCGGUGUAGCGAGGCAAUCGAUACCUACAGCAAGGCCAAGGCGAGAGCCAAGGAUAAGAAUCUCUUAGGUAAGGAAUACAUUAUCACAAGGUGUUGCGAAUAUGGCAUGUUGUCGGAAGCAGAGUCUCUCUUUACUGAUUCACUUUUCGUUACCACUUUCAAAACAAUCAUUGAUGCUUAUGUCAAGGCUGGGAGAAUCGAUGAUGCUAUCAAAACCUCCAACAAAAUGGUCGAUGCGGCUCUAAAGGAGGUCACCUAUCUGUUUUGACUUUUUUCAUCAUUUUACUUUAGUUGUAUUGGAUAAUGCUAGUUUAGUUAGUUUUUUUUUUUUUUUCUUGUUUUUUGUAUCAAGAAUAAUGGUAGUUAUAAGUUCCUCUUUAGCACCAAUGAAUGAGCUAUUUAUUA